AUGGGCAAAGUGAAGUCCUGCUCCAUUGUCCUGACAGAUCCCUGGCAAGUGUACAGACCCGGGGAUUCUGUCAGCGGGAUCACCACCCUGGAAAUCGAUGGUCAGAUAAAAGUCCGGAAAAUUCGAGUCGUCUGCAAAGGUCAGGCAUUGACCAAAUGGGAGAGAUUUAUGAAGAGAGGGUUCGAAAGUGAUUACGAGAGCACAGAGGUGUAUUGUAACACGUACAUGGAUGUCUACACAGCUAACAAUUUAAUGCCAACUGGAAUGUACAAGUACAAAUUCUCCUUCAAGCUGCCCAGGGAAGGCAUACCUUCAUCGUUUGAGGGCUCUAUGGGCGCUAUCAGGUAUUGGAUUACUGUGGAGGUUGACAAGCCGUUUCUGAGUUUUAACGACAAGUUCUACAAAUCGUUUACUGUCCUAGCAAAUAUUGAUCUAAAUGAGGCUGUCUACAGGGUAAGAAUAGGGCAUGCUGGGACUUUAACCGCUAGCCUCUCUCUGGACCGAUUAGGAUAUUGUCCUGGAGAACAGGUAAAACGCUUUACUUUAACAGGCACGUGCAAAAUAAGGUU